UUCAUGUUUUCGGACUUGUCAAAAUACAACACACAGGAAGAACGUCCACCCGUACGAACACCGUGGAUUGGAUUUCCUAAUUUAGUUUUUUGUUUUACAAUCUUGUGUUGGAAAAGCGGCAUAAUUCGGAAUGUUGAAGUCCGAAUUCCAACACCAGUUUUGGGUUACCAAAAAGGCAGUCCAACGGAAGCUGGGCUCGAAAGAAGAUGAAAAUAUUGUGGCUUCCGAUGGGGAAUUGGAUGCGAAAAUUGAGCUAUUCCAAUCGGUGACCGAUAGCUCACGACAGCUGUACCGCAUAAUAGACCAGUAUCAGGAACGAGUUUGUAUUCUAGCCCAGGAGGAGAAUUCCCUGGGGAAGUUCCUGCGGGAGGUGAGCAAGGAGAAUCCCACAACGGGAAAGCUGAUGUCCAACACAGGAAAAGCGAUCUCCUACUGCGGUCAACAGCGUAUUACAAUUCGGGUGCCUUUGCUGCGGCUGCAUCAUGAUGUGCAGACAUUCAAGGGACGUGCCAUUGUGGACACACAAAAGACCCUGCAGGUAAUGGAGAGGGAACGGACCGAGUAUCGAGCGGCGCUGAGCUGGAUGAAGUCGGUCAGCAUCCAGUUGGAUCCGGACACUGGGAAGGGGUUGGAGAAGUUCCGUAAGGCACAGCGUCACGUCAAGACAGCAAAGACGAAAUUUGACAAGUACUCGUUGGAUUGCUUGGAGAAGAUCGAUUUGCUAGCAGCAGCGAGGUGCAAUAUGUUCUCACAUGCCCUGGUGGGGUAUCAGAACUCGAUGCUGCAGUUUGCGAAGAAGAGUAACGAUACUUAUAAGGCAGCACUGAAGAGCCUUUCGAAGGAUCCACACUAUAACUUUUCGAUUUUGAAGGAGCUCACACAAGCUAAUCCGAAUGCCAAGGAAGGCGAAGAAGGCGAGGAUCAAGUGGACAAACCUGCGGAUGGAGAUCAAAUGCUGUUCUUCCAGGAUGAGUACAAGGACGAAGAAGCAGCUAGCCAAGUGCAAGAACCUAAGCCAUCUAGUUCCAACCCUGAAGACGACGAUCAGAUUCUGUCCGACAUUCCUACGCAAAUCAAUGACCUACUGUCGGGCGUAUCUCCGUUGAAUCCCGAGCUCAACCACCAGCCGGACGCCACAUCUAGCUAUGCAGACCUGCUGGGUCUAACCAUGGAUGAUGAGUUUUCCGACUUUCUAUCUUACCCAGCGCCAUUCAUGCCAUCGACAUUGCUCACCAAUCCCGAACCGCUGGAAACUUCAGCCUUAGAUCAGCUUACAAGCCUCAAUCAACAACAACCGUCAACACCAGCCAGCUCUAAACCGGACCGCUUCGGAAGCUUCCUGCAGAGUAUUUCCAAAAGUACCAAUCCGGUAGGUGGAGCCGGAAGCAGUCAACCGGAUGCUAAAAAACCCCACAAGGACGGCAAAACGGGCAAAGACCUCUCCGGAUGGUAUCAACUGUUUGCCGAGUUGGAUCCGCUCUCCAAUCCGGAUGCCAUUCCGUCCAAGUCUGAUGCGCCCACCAAUAGUUUGGCCGCUUAGAAAGGGCUUUCGGCGCAAGAAUCAAACCGAAAUAUCUACGGGACGGCAAAACUUAUAAUGCUAUUAUGCAAUGUGUUUAUUUAUGAUUCUUAUCGAAUAUCUUUAUUGCUAUCGAUGGAUGGAUGAUGAUGAUGAUGAACUAUGAAACGCUGGAUCACUUCUCAUCACUGUGUAUUACCUAUAAUAUAUGCUACUUUGAAUGUAUGUACAAUUGUCACGUGCUACACUAUUGGAGAUCAAUAAAGAAUCGAAUGAA